AUGAGCCUCCCUUCUCCCAAGAAGAAAAACGGCGGCAUUCCUUCUGUUCCCAGACAAAUCCGCUUUGUUGCCACAGAUGGGCAGCCCCAAACCAAGCGCCGCCGCGUUAAUGCCGCAUUCGAUGUUCCGGUGAACAACCAGACUUGCUCCGACUACAAGCAUACCUGCCUCGGAUAUACCGAGUCGACCGCACACCGGCGAACACAGUCCGACUCCGCAUCUCGAGCGCCGCGCCUUUCCGCACCGAAUGAAUUGACAAGUCAGCGUGCUGCCCGGGCAGUCGAAAGCAGCUCCCCCGAACCAGUGCCAGCAACGAUAGCCAAGCCCUCUGCGGAUAAGCCGACGAAACCGCCCGGAUCAAAGGAAGUUUCCUCCUGGGAUACUUCUGCGAACAAGGACCUGGAUACACAUGCUGUUGGGGACAGUCCGGCGAGUGGUCGUACCUCUGUGAGCUCGGGGGGUCGCACGCACGUCCCGUAUUUUCGAUACUUCGGCCCUACUGCGAUUGUACCGGGGUUUAAACAAAUGGUUGUGCAAGUCCGAGGUUCUCGCAAGAGUAACCCGUCCACGUCCUCAGAGUCUCUCUCUCCUCUUAGGAGCCCUAAACUGUCCGACAUUCACACAAGACCCCUGGCCAUUGCCGCGGAUAAUCGGGACAGCCGCGAUGCGAAUAUCCCAUUUUAUGACCGAGAUGAUGCACUUCCGGUUUCGAAUAUUGUAUCCCAUUUGUGCGAGCUCUUCUUUGCCCACCUGGGCUGCAGCUUUCCUUUCCUACAGCGAGAGAGAUUUCUCCAGGACCUCAAAGAGAAAAAGGUCGACACCAUGUUGGUAGAUGCAGUGUGUUCGUUAGCUGCGAGAUUCUCAAUACACCCAUCACUUGAUCCUCCACAGGCUCCUCCUAUCGAUCGUUCGCAGCCGCCACUCGACGAUAAAAAGUGGGACCGUGGCCUGCCAUUUGGUCAUCGCGCGAUGAGCGGUCUCGUGGAUUCACUGCCAUGUCCAACCCUUUCUGCCGUCCAAGCCUGCUUAUUACUCGCUUAUGAACAAUUCGGAUCAAAUCACGACAGUGGACUGUGGAUGUACCUUGGAAUAUCCAUUCGCAUGGCACAGGACCUUGGACUGCAGAAGUUACAAGGCCUCAAACAUAAUUAUGGCAAGACCGGCGUCACACCGAGUGAAGUGAUGACAGGUCACGCUGGGAAACUAAGAGAGGAACAGUAUGAUGAUCUGGAUAUGCAUCUGACACCCAAGACUACCUCACAGACUUUGGUCGAGGAACGUGCCCGGGAGCGCGAACGGGUAGACUCAUUCUGGAGCAUCUUUUUCCUAGACAGAGUCAUCUCUUCGGGUACCGGGAGGCCAGUGACACUGCGCGAUGAGGAUAUUGAACUCUGCUUCCCUCUUCAAUCUGAAUCUCAGCUACCAAAUGGGUGGCCCGCGCCUUUCCCACCACUUAUUCGGAUCAUUCAUCUGUACGGUCGGGUGACCGACCUCAUUAAUGGCAUCCAGGAUGUCAACCUCGUCACACCUGACACGUUGAAGAUGUUGGCCGGGAUGGAAAGCGACCUGACCGGCAUCUAUCAACACUUGUCCCCCAGACUUCAUUUCAACGCAGCCAACUUUCAGGCCUAUGUCAAAGCCAAGGAGGGGACUAAUUUCAUUCUUCUCCAUUUUUGGUUCCAUACUCUCAUUGUUCUCCUUCACCAACCGACGUUGUUGAACUCAUUUGGUGGAUCAAUCCAACAUCUCUACCCGAAUAGUCGUGAGUUGUCGAUGUCAUCUGCCAAAACUAUUGCCGAUAUCUUAUCCUUCUCGGAACUUGUCGAUGGGAAAAGCUUUAUUGGGAACCCUUUCACGAGUCAGCCGAUGUACAUUGCGGCGUGCGCAUUCCUCAUGGAAAGUGCUUACUAUGCGUCUUCAUCCUCGGGAGCUGAGUCGCACCAACCUCAGCCACUGUUGGCGAAUCAGUCUAGUGGGUUCGUGAUGCCUGCUAUAGAGUCAUCGAACGGGACAGAACGGAAGUCUAUGGCGAAGCAUAUCCUGCUUGCUUCUGCCGCCAAAGAGAAUUAUCAGCGGUGUUAUAAGGCUUUGAAAGCACUCAAUACAUAUUGGGAAGGCACUGGGUAUAUUUUGACAGUGCUGGAUCAGAAGGCUAAGGGGAUUGUCGACCCUCUCCUUUACGCCGUGGAGGAUAUGGAAAUUACACAGGGUAUCGCCCCUGGGCAAGCGCUUGGGCCAGGAGCUUGGUGUGCGGGCAAUGCCCCGACGGAUUCUGUCUUUGAUCCAGAACGACCAGCCGGGGUCGCGGAUAUCUCAUCUGAGGGAAAAUGGUCACCACACAUCGAUCCAAGUCAAGCUAUCGGAUGGGCACUCACAGGAGCAACAAAUUCUUCACAGCCUAACUUGAGUCUACUCUAUCAGAUGUCCACGACCGAGGCCGAGACUUCGCCCAAUAGACCAACAUACUCGUCGCAGUACAGUCACAGCUACCCAGUCCUACCGACGAAUGCCAGCGAAGGGCCAAGCUCUUCAUAUCCGCAAUCUACUGCACCCGCCAGGACUCACGAAGAAAUGACACCCUCACUCAAGACAAAUGCUAAAUACCCCAAUGUUCAUGCCAGAACAACUAGCACCGACCCUUCUUAUUACAUGGGCAUGAAUUCAACCUAUCCCGAAUCAAACAUGCGGACAACACGCCCCGUACAGACAACACAAUCUACUUUUCCCGGGAUGCUACCCCCCGGGCUCCCAACUUCACAUAUGGAUACCCAGCCAUCCGCAUAUAAUUACUCGAUACCCCAAGCCACAUCCGAUCUCCAGCCGGGAAUGGACGAUGCCAACGGGAUGAUGAUCGGGAGUCAUGAGGUCGAUAUGAACUCCAUUAACCAGCAAGACUCUUUGCCGUUCGUUAACGGCGAGAUCCUUCCGUGGUUGGAAUACCUCCCUCAGGAUGUCCUAAGUUUCUUCGGCGACCAUCAAAAUUAUCCGCUUAUGAGUCCUGAUGAUGUGUCACGGCCUCCGUAA